AUGUCGAAAAAAUCUUUGAGCCAAAAGGAGUUAGAGAGAGUGGUUGAAAGUCUGUCGGAUUUUUCUGCGGGUUCAUCUGACGAAUAUGAGCCUAGUGAAGAUGAAACAGAUUCAUCAUUUGAAGAUAGUGAAGAAGAAACUGCAUCAGAAAAUGAGAAUGAGUGUGAAUAUAUUCAAGGUGAUUUUCAGGAGUCGUCAACAUCACACCCAGCCCAAAACCCAUUGCACGAUUCUGAGGAUUCAUCUACAGAAUCUGAAGCUGAAUGUUUUCAACCUAAUAUCAUCAAUCGCAUUUUUGAUUGGUUUGAGCCGAGCGAUUCAUUCCGUCCUGCCAAAACUAUUCCACUACAAAGGUCCAGUGAAAUAUUAAUUGAUGUAUCAAAACAAUCCACUGCAAUGGAAAUUUUCCAUAAACUCUUUCCGCAUUCCUUAUAUUUACAUAUAGUCGCUUGUACUAAUCAACGACUUGAGUUAUUGAACAAGUGUAAAGGACAACAACAAAAAAUGAUAAAACUAACAGAUAAGGGUGAAAUGCAAAAAAUUAUAGGAUGUAUGCUCAUCAUGUCAUAUAAUAAGCUUCCUGGACUAAAGCAUUAUUGGAGUCAAAAAGAAUCCAUGGGAAAUCGAACAAUAGAAAACUGUAUUUCUCGUGAUAGAUAUAUGGUCCUUACUUCCAAGCUUUACUUUUCCCAGCCAAAUAAACCACCGGAUGCCACAAAAUCAUAUUAUGUCGAUGACUUGAUUUCCUGUUUGAAACACAGCUUUAGUAAAUGUCGUCAAGAUAGUCCAUUCCAAAGCAUUGAUGAGAGUAUGACUAAGUUCAAGGGACGUUCUUCUCUAAAGCAAUAUAUGCCCUUGAAACCAAUCAAACGAGGCAUAAAACUAUGGCUUCGUUGUGAUGCCGAUUCUGGAUAUACAUAUGAUUUCAAUGUGUACGUUGGUAAAGGUACAGAAGUAAGUAGCGAUGCACUAACUCUUGGAGAAAAAGUUGUUAAGACACUUGUCGGAACAAUUAAAGUUCCUGACGUUGUUCUAUGCUUUGAUCGCUUUUUCACCAGUGUAAAUUUACUGGAAACUAUCAAUUUUGCGGCGGUUGGCACCUGCAUGACUAAUCGCAAAAAUGUACCAUCAAUAACAGGAAAACUCAAAAAGGGAGAAUCGAAGUUCAGAUGCACCGACACAGGACUUAUGUGUACGAAGUGGCAAGAUACGAAGGAAGUCUUAUUAAUGAGUAAUUGUCAUAAACCUAAUGUAACUAAAAUUUCAAAAAAGGAUAAGACGGGCCAAACAGGGGAAAUUGACUGCCCGGAAGCAAUUGCAUUCUAUCGGCAAAAAUGGGAGGAGUUGACCGCGCAGAUCAAUUCAUAA